CAGGGCCAAAAAUUAGAAUGAGUAAUGAUAUUUAUCAUCGCCGUGACAAAUCUUAUGCAAAUCUAACAAAGCUUCCAUUACCAGAGUAAUGUUAUCCCAGUAUGUAUACCAAGUCAGGGGAAGGAGAGGUCGACUGCAAGACCAUACCAGAAUUAACAUGGCAUGAUGUGGUUGAAAAUAUUGGAAUCAUUGUCUGUUUUGAUAGAUAUCAGAUAUGUUGUUAAGUUGAACAAACUGUUUUUAAUACGCCAGAUUGUCAGUCGACAUGUCCAUGUUCUGGAGAAGGCCUCAAAAUCAUCCGGAGAAUGAUGCUGCAGCACGGGAUUCAAAGGUUAGAGAGCUAAGGGAAGGUCUUGGUCCACUAUCUGGUCGCAGCUUAAAGUUCUGCACUGAUGCAUGUCUAAGAAGGUAUUUAGAAGCUAGAAAUUGGAAUGUUGAUAAAGCCCACAAAAUGUUGGAAGAGACUCUUAAGUGGAGGUCAACCUUCAAGCCAGAAGAAAUCCGUUGGCAUGAGGUAGCACUCGAAGGUGAAACAGGCAAAGUCUCCAAAGCUAAUUUUCACGACCGACUGGGGAGAACUGUCCUUAUUAUGAGGCCUGGAAAGCAGAACUCUGCAUCCCCAGAGGGAAAUAUUCGUCACUUGGUGUAUCUAAUGGAGAAUGCAAUCCUAAACCUGCCUGAAGGGCAAGAACAAAUGUCAUGGCUUAUAGACUUCAACGGAUGGUCAUUGAACACGAACAUUCCAAUUAAAACAGCUCGAGAUAUCAUUUACAUUUUACAGAAUCAUUAUCCAGAGAGACUUGCUAUAGUUGUUCUCUAUAGCCCACCCAGAAUUUUUGAGGCAUUUUGGAAGGUUGUAAAAUACUUUGUGGAUCAGAAGACUUUUCAGAAGAUAAAGUUCGUCUACCCAAAUAAUAAAGAUAGCUUGGAGCUAAUGAAAUCCUUUUUUGACACAGAAAAUCUUCCAAGUGAAUUUGGGGGAAAAGCUACUCUGACAUACGAUCAUGAGGAGUUUUCAAGAUUGAUGAUCCAAGAUGAUAUUAAAACCGCAAAGUUCUGGGGAUUUGAUGAGGAAAAGGUGGCGGUUAAAGAGCCAGUGAGCCUUGCACCACCUGCAAUCUGAGUGUACAAAAAUCUGUUUGGAAAUGUAUUAUUGUGCCUGACCGACCGCACUAAGAUAUUGGUAAAGAAAUAAAUUCGUUUUCUUAACAUUUA